AAAGGUUUGUUACAGCCAAUCUACUGCUAGUUCGUGCUCCGACGGCUAUCGGAUCCGCUGGCGACGCAUCGCGGCCACCCAACAGCCGAAGUGUAAGACGAAAAGCCACCGCAAAGUUUUACGACUGACACGGCUGCGCCGCGCGGGUGUCGGUCAAGUGCCCCACGGCCAGCGGUUGGCGCCGCCGCCGCUGCCGCCCACCGCCGCUCGCGUGCGCCCACCGCCACCUGUCGCCGCCUAAAGGGAACGCCUCCGUUAUAAUCCCCCGCACCAUGCCGUCCUCCACCACAGCCUCAUCACCAACACCAUGGCCUCUCCUUCCCCUUCUCCCCCAGCCAACGCGGCGGCCUUCGCCUCCGGCCGGCGCGUGCCGCCCCCGUGCUGGACGCCCGACGAGACCCUCGCCCUCGCGCGGGCCUACACCGCGCGCCGCCUCGCCGUCGGCCGCGAGCACCUGACCUCCGCCGACUGGGCCGCCGUGGCCGCGGCUUCCCCGUCCAAGACCGCCAGGCAGUGCCGCCACAAGGUCGAGAAACUCCGCCGCCGCCUCCGAUCCAGCCGCCGCCGCCCCUGUCCGCUCCUCGACGCCAUUGACCUCCUCGAUAGCCCAUCCCCGCCGGUCCUGUCCCAGACCCAAUCCCCGUCCCUGUCCCUGUCCCCGCCACCAGCAGUUUCUCCCCCUUCUCCUCCCGCGUCCCCGCCCAGGAAGAGGAGGCAGGACGAUACCGGAGACGAGGACGGACUGUGCGACGUGGUGGGGGCGCUGAGGGCGAUCGGAGAGGGGUUCCUGCGGGCGGAGGAGAGGAGGAUGGAGGCUGCGAGGGAGACGCAGAGGAUGCGGAUGGAGAUGGCGCUCCGGCACCUUGACGCGCAGCGUCGGCUCAUGGACGCGCUCGUCGGCCGCAUCGUCGACGCCUUGGAAUGAAGUGGUGGCGCAAAGGCGUCUCCUUCCAAGGUUUCUUGCUUGUUGCGUACUGGCUGUUUCUUAGCGCUGUUCAUAUGUGUAGCUGUGACGGAUCUGUGAUGUAGUUGAAGUGGACAAAUUGUAGUUCUUUUGCAGUCUUGUAUUGCGGAAAUGGAGCGCAUCUUAUGGAAGAAGAACAUGUUAUCUUGCCUGUUCCAAUUCUAUUGCCUGCUUGCUUUUGUGUA